AUGUUGAUACGCACUUUCCGGAGUGCAUUCAACGAAAUUUCAAUAAUAAUACUCUUAGCAUUGAUUAUUUGCACUUCUAUUGUUAAUCAAGGACCAAUAAAUCGAGCACUUUCAUACCAUCCAAGGAAAAUUAUGUAUAAAAAGCGAUAUCAACAAGUAGAAAUGAUUCACAAUUUUACACUAAAUGAAAGAAUUUACACAGGCCGAGUUUUAUUAUCAAAUAAUACAUUCACAAACGAAUCUGUAAAUUAUGAUAACAAUUCUCUUGCAUUUCAACAUUCGAUUCUUCAGCAUUACAUAUUUUGUGACGUAAGUAGACAAGGAAUUCGAACUUUUGGCGGAGAAUUUUACAUGCCAACAGAUAUUUUAUUUCCUUGGAAAAUAUUACCAUUCAUAAAUCAUACCCUUCAAAUAUACGAUAAAGCUGUUGUUGGAUUUUGCUAUCAUCCGCAGUUUGGCCACGUUAUUCAAGAUAUGAUUGGUGGAAUACUAAGUAUUCCAAGCGAAAUACUCAAAGGUUCGGAGAUUUUCAUACGAUCUAAUGAGUCACAGAUCAAACAGUUCAUGACAAUUUUAGGUUUCGAUCCAAAUCAUGUUCAUGAGUUAAAUGAAGAAUGGAUCUUUGUGAAAGAUCUUUACAUUGCUGUUGCAAGUUAUCCUGUAUCCAGUCUUCAAGUUUCUUUCAGAGAUAUUCAUGAUUUAAUAUAUAAAGUGAAUAAUUUAACGGAUAUAGUGCCAACAGAGUACGUAUUCAUCAAUAAAGAAAAGAACAAUUGGGGAUACGUCAAAAAUAUGGACGAAUUAUUUAAUUUCACCAAAGAUUUUUAUAAUAAAUACAAUUGGACGUUCCUUGCAUCAGAUUACGUGUUCAAUAUCUCAAAUUCUAUGAAGCAAUUUUCACGUACAAAGGUUUUCGUGAGUGCAACAGGCUCCGCUUCGUUUAAUAUGAUUUUUAUGCAUCCAAAUUGCGGACUUUUGCUUAUAGAUUCGAGAGCAUGCAACUCCCCAUGCAUAGCAAUAGCUCAUUCACUCGGAAUAUGGAUGUACUACGUUGCUUCUGAUCAUAUCAACAGAACUAAAUUAACAGGAGGGAAAAUUGAGUUAGAAAUCUUCAACGAGACACUUUCAUACGUAUUAAGUGCAGUAGAAAAUAAAAGAUGGCCAGAAAUAACUAUUCCUUCACGUGAAUUUAUUGAUUUUGACAUUGAAGAAAAAAAGAAAAUUGCGUUUUACGGAAAAUAUAAGGAUAAGAAGACUUAUUUCGUAUACGAAAGAUAUAUCGAGAAUAAUGUAAUAACUAAGUACUAUCCAAGAGCAAAAACUUAUCUUGAACCAAAAUAA